UAUGGAAUGGCACAGUAAUGGAAAUAUUUGCAUUAAUUUUUUAUCAACACUGAUCUAUAUAAAAUCGUAUCACCAGCCUAAUUUGAAAAUAAAGUAUUGAUAAUCACUAGAUUGAUACAAAAUUUCAGUAUUCUGUAUAUGUAUUGCUUAUUAUUGAUAACCUCGAAGAAAAAUAUUACAACCAAAACAUAUCAUAUACAUAUGAAUGUAUAUGCAUAAUUGCUGUCUAACAACGCUGCCCAAAGGUUGUUGUUCUAUCAAUAAAGCUACUGCUUGAUCCGGCUGCGCCACACGUGGUAUUGAAGAAAAAUAUUUACUAAGAGGAUUGUCACCAUGCCGAUUUUACGAUAUUUUUCAACGAAUACAUGGAGCGAAUCGCACAAGCUGAGAUUACUGAAACAAUUGCAACAAAUAUCUGGCAAUAUUUUAUCACUGGAAGUAGAAAAGUGUUAUUAUGUGGAAUCUACUCCUUCUAUUGAGGUUGAUACAAAGGAGGAAUAUUUAUUACGCUGGUUACUCAAAGAUCCGCAGGCUGAUGUCUCUUCGUUGGAUUAUAAAAGCAUUUUGAUUGCACACCCUCAAUCUUAUCUCAUGGAAAUUGGUCCCCGCUUUAAUUUUUCUACUGCAUUCUCAACUAAUUGUGUUAAUAUAUGUCAAAAUGUUGGCUUAAAUAAUGUAAUACGCAUAGAGAUGUCUAUGCGCUAUCUUAUUGAGUUCAAUUCAACUCAAAUGAUGACACAAACAUUAAAGGCUCAGCUUUUUGAUUUGCUUAGUGAUCGCAUGACGGAAUGUGAAUAUACUGAAGAUAAUUUACCAAUAAAUAGUUUUAUUGAACAGCUUCCGAAAUGUCAAGAGCCUUGGUACCAUGUACCUCUUUUAACAGUUGGGCGACCAGCUUUGGAGAAAGUUAAUUCUGAAUUGGGUCUUGCAUUUAGCGACUGGGAUAUGGAUUACUAUACGCAUCUCUUUCAAGAAGUUCUAAGACGAGAUCCGUCUACUGUGGAACUCUUUGAUUGUGCUCAAAGCAACAGCGAGCAUUCUCGUCACUGGUUUUUUCGAGGCAAGAUGUUAUUGGACGGACAAGAAGAGCCUGACUCCUUAAUAAAAAUGAUAAUGAAUACUCAAAACUAUAGUAACACUAAUAAUACUAUAAAAUUCAGUGAUAAUAGCAGUGCGAUACGUGGCUUUAAGCAUAAAACAAUACGACCAGACAAAUUUUAUGAGCCAAGUUGCGUUAACUUGGUCAAAACAGAAUCAGAUUUAAUUUUCACAGCAGAAACACACAAUAUGCCAACAGCAGUGGCUCCUUUUAGUGGAGCUACCACCGGUACUGGUGGUAGAUUAAGGGAUGUCCAAGGUGUGGGACGUGGCGGUAUACCUAUAGCUGGAACGGCUGGUUAUUGCGUUGGUUGUUUAAACAUUCCAGGAUAUACACAAAGAUACGAGCAGAAUACUUUUGAAUAUCCUUCAUCUUUUGCCAAGCCACUUAAAGUUUUAAUUGAGGCAAGUAAUGGCGCAUCUGACUACGGCAAUAAAUUUGGUGAACCAGUAAUUGCUGGAUUCGCAAUUUCAUAUGGUCUCGAAAACUGGCUUGGUGAACGCCAAGAGUAUGUUAAACCCAUCAUGUUUAGUGGCGGAAUGGGCAUAAUGGACUCAAGAAUGCGUCAAAAAGUUGAUCCCAAAAGAGGAAUGCUACUAGUUAAAAUAGGUGGACCUGUAUACCGUAUUGGUGUAGGUGGUGGAGCUGCCAGUUCUGUAGAAGUACAAGGCUCCAGUAAUUCCGAUUUGGACUUCAAUGCCGUUCAGCGGGGUGAUGCUGAAAUGGAAAAUAAACUUAAUCGAGUUGUACGCGCCUGCAUAGAAAUGGGUGAUAAUAAUCCAAUAUUAGCCAUACACGACCAGGGUGCUGGCGGUAAUGGCAACGUUUUGAAGGAGUUAGUAGAGCCUGGUUUCGCUGGAGCAGUCAUAUUUUCGAAAGAAUUUCAAUUGGGUGAUCCUACCAUAAAUGCCUUAGAGUUAUGGGGUGCAGAAUAUCAAGAAAACAACGCACUGAUUUGCAAGCCUGAACAUCGUGAGGUAUUGGAAGAGAUUUGCUCACGUGAGCGCUGUCCAAUCAGUUUUGUUGGUGUUGUUACCGGAAAUGGAAGAGUGACAUUGGUUGAAAGUGAGGCUGAUUUUGAACGCGCUCUGGAGUUGGGGGAUAAUUUUAAUUCAUUGGGUGCUAUACCCUUUGAUCUUGAACUGAAGCAUGUACUUGAGGAUAUGCCAAAAAGAGAAUACAAAUUGGACCGUAUUCCAGAAAAGCUAAAACCGUUAUCAUUAAAUUCGGUUUUCAAUAAUUCCGAAUGCUUGAAGAGCGUGUUAAGUCAAUUGUCCGUAGGAAGCAAACGAUUCCUUACUAACAAAGUUGAUCGGUGCGUUACUGGUCUAGUGGCGCAGCAACAAUGUGUAGGACCGUUACACACUCCUUUAGCCGACUACGGCUUAACUGCAAUUUCAUACUUUGGUAAAGAGGGCAUAGCUACAUCCAUCGGUACUCAACCUAUAAAAGGCAUCCUUAGCGCUUCUGCAAUGGCACGUAUGUGCGUAGCUGAAGCUGUAUCCAAUUUGGUUUUUGUAAAAAUCACCGAAUUGGCAGAUGUUAAGUGCUCUGGAAACUGGAUGUGGGCAGCGAAAUUACCUGGAGAAGGUGCCCGUUUAUAUGAUACUUGCAAAGAAAUGUGUGCAAUGAUGAAGGAACUACAUAUUGCAGUUGAUGGCGGAAAAGAUUCGCUUUCUAUGGCUGCAAAAGUGAAUAAUGAAACUGUAAAGUCUCCGGGUACUCUUGUAAUUUCCACAUACGCACCUUGUCCAGACAUUACCGUAAAAGUCACUCCAGAUCUAAAGGGACCUGCAUUAGGAGAGCAAACUGCACUUGUCUGGAUUAACAUCGAAGGCAAGUUUCGUUUGGGUGGAUCCGCGCUAGCUCAAGCGUUUUCACAGCAAGGAGACGAGUGCCCAACAGUUUUGCGAAGUGAUAUUCUUGCUAAAGCUUUCAGCACUACACAAAACUUAAUAGAAGAGCAAAAGCUCUUAGCUGGACACGAUAUUAGUGAUGGUGGCCUUAUUGUAUGUUUAUUGGAAAUGGCAAUCGGAGGAUUGUCUGGAAUUCAAAUUGACUUAACCAAUGUGAUGGAGGCGUUAAAGAAUGCUCACAUCGAUAAAGCAGCAAAAAUGAUAGUUAAACCAGAAAUUGCUGUCUUAUAUGCUGAGGAGUGUGGUUGGGUGAUUGAGGUGCCAAUGAAUUUGCUAUCAGAAGUUCAAAAUAUCUUUACGAAUAAUGGCGUGCCAAACUAUUAUUUAGGUUCGACAUGUGGUCAUGGUCUCAAUUCGACCGUAACUAUUAAAAAUCAUUCCGAUACCAUUCUUCAUAGCGAUGUUAAAACUAUUUUCCAACAAUGGGAAAGAACAAGUUUUGAAAUAGAAAAGCUACAAUCCAAUCCAGAAUGCGCUUUGGAAGAAUAUAAUUCGUUGAAUUAUCGUUCCGCUCCUAAAUAUAAUUGUACUGUCGACUUAAAUGAAGAAAUACGUGCACUGCGGGCAACAACAGUAGUGAGCGUUGCUGUUAUUCGUGAAGAGGGCGUCAAUAGCGAUAGGGAAAUUAUGGCAUCUCUAAUGAAAGCCAAUUUUGAAGUUCACGAUGUCACUAUGUCCGAUUUGUUAUGCGGAAAAACUAAUUUGGAUCGAUACCGUGGCAUCAUAUUCCCUGGAGGAUUCAGUUAUGCCGAUACUUUGGGUUCCGCUAAAGGUUGGGCCGCCAAUAUCAUGUUUAGCGACUUACUUGCUCCGCAAUUUGAAGCAUUCAAACGUCGUCAAGAUGUCUUUUCUUUGGGAGUUUGCAAUGGUUGUCAACUCAUGGCCUUAAUCGGGUGGGUAGGAAACGUUACCAUACCCAACAAACAAGUUAUUGACAUGCCGGAUGUUGCCGUUCUUCAUAAUAAAUCGGAGCGCUUUGAAUGCCGCUGGACAACAAUACGCGUUGAAGAUAGUAUAUCUAUAAUGCUGAGUAAAUUGAAGGGUUCAGUUUUGGGUUGUUGGAUAUCUCAUGGUGAAGGCAGAUUUUCAUUCCGUAAUACAGAAAUUUUGAAUUCACUCAAAUCAAAUCGAUGCGUUGCUAUAAAAUAUGCCGAUGACAUGGGGAACGCGACUGAAAUAUAUCCAAUGAAUCCCAAUGGAACUGUUGAUGGCAUAGCAGGUCUAUGCUCAGAGGACGGCCGUCACUUGGCACUCAUGCCACAUCCGGAACGAUGCAGCGCCAUGUUCCAAUGGCCCUAUGUCCCAGCUGACUUCAAAAUUAAUUCCGUAGAAAGCCCAUGGCAAAUCAUGUUUAAUACAGCCUAUGACUGGUGCAGUAAAUAACUGAAUAUUUAAAUUUGUGUUCUUAUAAAAACUUAUUUUUUAUAUUCCGUUUUUUAACUGCUAAUUAUACUAUGUCUUGUAAUUUCUAUAAUUUUGAUGAUUAAAAAAACCAAUAUAUAUACUAAUUAA